UGAAGUCGCUUGCUUCGGCGAACAAAUGCGCAUGCGUGGAAGAUUCGGUCACUGGCGGUGUAGCUAACAGCCAAGCUACGAUUCCAGUCAACAUGGAGAAAAAAGUUUUGGCUCUUCAGGCGAGGAAGAAACGGGGUAAAGCCAAGAAGCCUUGCAAAAAUUUGUCUUACAGGCAGCCUGUAAAUCCCAGAAGUCGUCAUCAACCCCAACAAGAAACAUCGCCUCAGGAACCUGAGGAACCUGAGGAGAUCCUCGGCUCUGAUGAUGAAGAGCAGGAGGAUCCUAAUGACUACUGCAAAGGGGGCUACCAUCAUGUAAAAGUAGGUGACCUUUACAAUGGAAAAUAUCAUGUCAUCCGGAAACUGGGCUGGGGCCACUUCUCCACUGUGUGGCUUUCGUGGGACAUCCAGAUGAAGAGGUUUGUGGCAAUGAAAGUGGUAAAGAGUGCAGAGCACUACACAGAAACUGCUGUGGAUGAGAUCAAGCUUCUCAAGUCUGUAAGAAACUCAGACCCCAAUGAUCCUAAAAGAGAGAUGGUGGUUCAGAUGGUGGAUGACUUCAAAAUCUCUGGUGUCAAUGGAACUCAUGUUUGCAUGGUAUUUGAGGUUUUGGGACAUCACUUAUUAAAGUGGAUCAUUAAAUCCAAUUACCAAGGUUUGCCCCUACCUUGUGUAAAGAGCAUCAUCAAACAGGUUCUUCAAGGCCUGGACUACUUGCACACAAAGUGUGAAAUCAUCCACACAGACAUUAAGCCGGAGAAUAUUCUGAUGAGUGUUGAUGAGCCUUACGUUCGCAAGCUGGCGGCAGAAGCUACAGAAUGGCAGCGGUCAGGGGCGCCGCCUCCCUCCGGCUCAGCAAUAAGCACUGCUCCUGCUCCAAAACAGACAGUCAGAAUGUCAAAAAAUAAGAAGAAAAAGAUUAAAAAGAAGCAAAAACGACAGGCAGCAAUGCUUGAAAAGUGCAUCAUGGACCUGGAGGAGAUGGACAAGACCACAGAGCUACAGGAGGAAGAUGAGGAGGGUGAUGAAGAGCCAUUGUCUCCAAAGGGUCGGGCUUGUGCUCCUCUCAGACAGAUGUCCAUGCAGGAUGUGGGGAACGAAGAUACAGAAGAGAGUAGUGUGAAUGCAGAUGUGUUGUCCGAGCUGAACUGUAAUGGCCAUGUGGAGGUGGUGCAGAGACCACCGUGUUGGAGGGAGGAGGACCAACAUAAUGGCAACACCGGGACCUCAGAGCAGUGUGUUGUUCUGGAUAAAAAACACCAGGAAUUUCCUGUCCACUCCAUCUGCAAUGGUUUGUAUCCUGCUGAAUUUAAGGAGCUGGACACUGAAAUUGAAGGUGCUCACUGCAGUGGGGUGACAAGAGCAAGACACUUUCCUGCUGAGCUGGAGGAGGGAGCGUUAAAACUGAACAUUUGUCGGGAGGUGGGAGAAGAUAGGCCUGAUUGUCAAUAUAGAAGCGACGAAAGUCUGCAAAACGACAAGUUAACAGCAGGAUCCCUGCUAGUUAACCCCCUUGAGCCAAUCAACGCAGACAAGAUCAAGGUCAAGAUUGCCGACCUGGGAAAUGCCUGCUGGGUGCACAAGCACUUUACUGAAGACAUCCAGACACGACAGUAUCGGUCCUUAGAGGUACUCAUCGGUGCUGGUUACAGCACACCUGCAGAUAUCUGGAGCACAGCCUGCAUGGCCUUUGAACUUGCCACAGGAGACUACUUGUUUGAACCACAUUCUGGCGAAGAUUAUUCCAGGGAUGAAGACCACCUUGCUCUCAUGAUUGAGUUGCUCGGUAAAAUUCCUCGCCACUAUGCACUAAGUGGGAAAUACUCACAGGAAUACUUCACAAAAAGAGGGGACCUAAAGCACAUCACAAAGCUGAAGCCUUGGGGGCUGCUGGAGGUGCUGGUGGACAAGUACGAGUGGCCCCGUGAAGAAGCUGAGUGCUUUACCGACUUCCUAAUUCCCAUGCUGGAGCUGAUCCCGGAGAAGAGAGCCACAGCUGCAGAUUGCCUGCGACACCCCUGGCUGGCCCUCUAAUGGACGCCUCCAGCAUCUGCACCUCUCUUCCCUUCCUCUCCUCCAGAGACUGCAACAGAUCACUUUCCAGUUCGGGCAUAUCAUAUGAAUAUUUAUUUCUUUUUGUUUAGAUGUUUUCUUAUGUUCUCAUUUCGGAGCUAAUGUGUACGUUUGCUUUGUAUUUGUUGGUUAAUCUCUCAGUGCGACGGUGAUGUUACUUGGUUGGCUUCUCCUGCUAUGGUCCAUGCACCCACCCGACUGAGCAACGCUGGUAUUGUACAGCUAGUGACUCAUCCUUGUUUGUUACACUCCUGCACUAAAACCCCGAACUCAAGGAUAAUAUGUAGCCAUGUCCCCACAAUAAGAACUCAUUUUCAUAUAGUUUAAUUACUACGCUUUCUUUUAAAACAAGUUAGUUUAUCUUCCAUUAAACAUGUAUGAUACACAUUUUGUAUUUGUAAAGACGGCUUAGAAAAUUGCACAUGGGGCUGACCUUUACACUGACUAUGGUAACGUUCAAGCAGCAUUUCUCCAGACAGACAUGUGUUGUGAAGCGUUGUCGUCUGCUGAUGCACAAACCAUUUGUGUUGCGGUGCAAUAGCUAAAUACUAGUGUGUAAAAUGAUAUCGAUGUAAUAAUUUGCAAGUCCUUUUUCAACCAAUGUUUUAUUGAUAACAGUGCAAAUAUGGUUAUUCACAAAUGGAACUUUUGGUUGUGAUGUUUCACAUGGCAGUUUUUGUAUAUUGGCUGAAUUGAUGAAUCGUCUUAAUGGUAACAAAACAUGCCUCUCCUAAUAUUUUGUUUGUACUGUAUUCAAUUGAAUGUGUACUCUGAAAGGAUGUGCAAAUAUAUGACAUUUCUCACACGUUUCUUCCGAAUCUCCAAGAGUUAUUGGUCUGUUUGGUUAUAAAAAACAGCUCUUUCAUUGUAGUCUUCUGACCCUAAAAUUUAGGAACUUGAUGAUUUAACAAAACAAAAAGUAAGACCAUUGAAAAGGAAAAAAAAGUGACAAUAAUUGUAUAUAUUUGUACCAAAGAGUUUGCCUUUAUAUAUAUAUUACAGUUCUGUACAGUUUUUAACAAAUCAUAUAGCUAAAGUGAUUUAGCUGUGUAGCUGUGUUUUAAUAAGUGGAUGGAUGAUGUUUGUGCUUGAGUGUAUGUGUGGACAACUCUUCAAUACACAUUUUAUUGUAAGAGAGGAAGUUAAUGUGUUAGGAACUGCUCAUGUCAAAGUAAGCUUAAAGUACAUAGAUUUGUGUGAGCAAAGUUGUAAAACAUGUUCUAGAAUAAAACCGAUAUUGCAAACGGAACAAA